AGACGAAAUAUAUUGAAAUUUCAAAAAUAAUAUACUAUCACCAAAUAGUUCUUUUGUCUCAUUAUAUUUUCGUUCAAAACUUAACCUAAAGUUAUUCAUAUGUUGAUUGUUGUGAUUUGUGCAGAGGCAGUGAAUUGUAAAGGGCAUUCGUUUUGAUUGUUUUUUAACAAACCAAUAAAAAUUCAAUAUAGCAUCCAAACUAAUGGAAUUAAGCGAUAUUAUAUCUCAAACGGACGAACCUCUGAUACUGCCUAAUUAUUUGAAAUGGAAUAUUAUUCAAUGGGAUCUUCAAAAAUGGAAUGAUGUUUUAGGAAACGAAGAAUUGGAAUUUCGAUAUGGACAUAAUAUUAAAACUGAAAAUCCUCAGUGGGAAAAGAAUACACCAUUGAUUAAGGGAACAUUGGAAGAUCUUUUAAAUUUUUCCCAAACUGACAGGUGGCUAUAUUUCGAUUAUAAAUAUUUAAAUCAGUGGUUGCUGAAAGCUAAAGAACUACGUGAGCAAAUUAACUUCUCAGACCUUGGUUUGAAGAAUGUAACUGCUGAUGAAUCAACUAUUUGGAUAGGAACUAAAGGAGCACAUACUCCUUGUCAUAUUGAUACUUAUGGCUGCAAUGUUGUUGUUCAAAUUUUUGGGCACAAAUUAUGGUUACUCUUUAAACCUGAUGAAAAUUUGAAAGCUACAAGAAUUCCUUAUGAAGAAAGUACUAUCUAUUCUAAGUUGAAUUUUUUUAGCCCCUCUAAAAUAUCAGAUUUUGAAGGUAUUCAAGAUGGAAAACUCGUCAUUUUGAAACCAGGUGAUGUACUGAUUAUACCAAAUAAAUGGUGGCACUAUGUUGAAGCUUUAGAUACUUCUAUCAGUAUAAAUACAUGGUUACCACUGCAACAAGAUCAUUUAGAAAGGCAACGUGAAUGCUUAUUACAAUUAUUUAUUGGUUCCCUACUGAAUAAUGGUGAUAGCAACAUGCACACAUCAAUUUUGAAUCCAAAUUCAUAUGAUGUUUUAAAACAACCUUUGAGUGAAGGCAUAAAGCUUUUUCAAGAAAAUUUGAAACGGCCUCCAUUUGAGAAUGUCGUGGAAAACAACCUGAAGUUAUGCCAUUUUCUCGAUACACAUUCAUUUAUCAGAAGAAUUGGAAACUUAAGUAAAGAAAAUCUCUUGCAAUUUUUGGAGAAUCAAUCAAAAAGAUUCUCAAACACCAUCACUCAUCGAGACGAACUAGAAGAAAAUGCUAUUUUGAAAAAAAUCAUACAUGCUAUCACACAUCCAGAUGUCAUCAAUAUGAUAUUGAAAAAAAUAAAUGAAUGAGAUCAUA